GCCGGUUUGUCAUUCCCAGUUGUGUUUGCUUACAUUGUCGUUACAUUGUCAACCACAACAUGAAGCGUAAAGGAAAUGAAUUAGUCGCUUAUGACAAUGAAAGAGCUAUUAAACGUCUUCAUGAAGAUGGUGUUAAAAGAACAUCCAGUUUAUUAGCCCCAAUAAUGGUUCUAGAAGGACAUCAAGGAGAUAUUUUUGGUUUGAAGUUUCAUCCUGAUGGAAAAUAUCUGGCUUCCACAGGAUUUGAUAGACAGAUAUUUAUCUGGAAUGUUUAUGGAGAAUGUGAGCAUAUUUCUACAAUGAUGGGACAUUCUGGAGCUGUCAUGGAAAUACAGUUUUCUACUGAUGGAAACACCCUUUUCACGUGUAGCACUGAUAAUACAGUCGCAAUGUGGGACUUAAUUGCUGGGCAAAGGAUUAAAAAAUUGAAAGGUCAUUCAGGAUUUGUCAAUUCAUGUCAUCCAACUAGAAGAGGAACACAACUAAUAGUAAGUGGAUCAGAUGAUUGUUCAAUUAAAGUAUGGGACCCAAGGAAAAAGGGCAAAGCUACGACACUUGUCAAUCCUUAUCAAGUUCUCACAGUUUCCUUUAAUGACACUGCUGAACAAGUAUUUUCUUCUGGAAUUGACAAUGAAAUAAAGGUUUGGGACUUGAGGUCUAACAAUACCGUCAUCAAAUUAAGAGGCCAUACUGAUACAGUUACGGGGUUGUCUCUUUCUUCCGAUGGAUCUUACCUUCUAAGUAACUCAAUGGACAACACAUUACGCAUAUGGGAUGUUCGCCCGUAUGCACCUCCCGAGAGAUGUGUAAAAAUAUUAUCUGGUCAUCAACAUAAUUUUGAAAAGAACUUGCUAAGGUGCUCAUGGUCAGCAGAUGGAUCUAAAGUUUCAGCUGGAUCUGGAGACAGGUUUGUUUAUGUUUGGGAUACAACAACAAGGAGGAUAUUAUAUAAACUCCCUGGACACAAUGGCAGUGUCAAUGAAGUUCAGUUUCAUCCUACAGAACCGAUUGUUGGUUCUGCAUCAUGUGAUAAAACUGUUUAUUUGGGCGAAUUGGAAGAAUGAAAACAAGAGUAUUUAAUUUUAUGUUUGUAAUAUUUAUAAGCGCAUGCGUUUUAGUAUGCGAAAUUUAAUUAUAAAUAAAUUUUAAUAAAAUCAAAUAUUUGAAAUACA